UACAAGUUUUCUGUCAAGAUGAUGGGCAAUGGUUUGAUAUAGGAGCCUGUAAAAGAAUUGUUGAGGAAAAUACGACCGUGUGGAAUUGUUUAAAAGGAUCAUUUGGAACUGAUUGCUUGUACCUGGACAAGGUUUGGACGGCAGAAUCGGUUCACCCUAUUGAGUUCUCGAACGUCGAUUUUAACGAAUGCGUAUUUACUGAAACAAUAAGUCUCACAUUUAAAAAAGGAUUUUACUUCACAGAUAUGCUUGUAAUAUUUGAACUUGAAGAUACGGCACCGAAAGUGACUUUGAAUUUCACACUUCCCAACAAUACAGAAAGUUUUUGCCCGCAGCUCGUGGUGUAUUGGAGGGGUAGAGUUCGAAUGAUGCUCGAAUGCCGGAAUCCCGAAUACAUACUUCAUCUAAACCUCACUCUAGGCGGUAACUUUUCCGUUUGCAGGAUAGCGUUGAAUGGGGGAAGGAAUGUUGCACUGGAAGGAACAGCAACUCUAUAUUUUAAUAAGGUGCCAGUGCCCAAUAGAGACCCAUCGCAUCAGCCAUCAGUUCUAAAUAAAAACCCAACUGGCUUUUAUAUCGAGAAAAGAGGAAUAGCUCUUACUUGGGAGUUGCUUUUUGAAAAGCCUAGAAAUAUUUACGAAUUACUUCUUAUAACAUGUCGUAAUCCGAACAGAACCAUGUCAAAAUUUGACCUUGAAAUGAUAGAUUUUGAUAAUAAAUCCGUCUAUACCUAUAAUUCAACCGAAGCAAGCGGUUUUCAUCAUUAUGCUUCGGGAAAAAUAUAUAAGGAAAUUUGGAGAAUUAUCAUACGAUCCGUCGACGUGCUAAGUUUCUGUGGGAUUUAUGCCUAUGGCGAUGAUGCGGCCUGUACAAACCCAUAG